AUGGCCUUCACAGCAGCCACCCUCACCAAGGUUCACCCCACCAAGAUCUUUCUCCCCUCUGCCCCCCUCAGAACAUCUUUCCAGGGCAACCGGCGGUUGUCUGUCACGGCGACGGUCGACGACGCCGCCAAGAAGGGCGCCGACGCCGCCAAGAAAAGCGCCGACGCCGCCAAGAAGGGCGCCGACGAUACGGCGGAGAAGGCUAAGGAAGUGGCGGGAAAGGUGGCGGGAUCGGCGCAGGAGGCGGCCGGAAAAGUGAAGCAGACGGCGGAGGAUGCGUGGGGGUCCGUUAAGGACACCGCCCGGAAGGUGAAGGACUCGGUCGCCGGAAAAGCCGACGCGGCGGCGGAGUCCGCUAAAGAGACAGCCAGUGACGCGGCGGCCAAAGCCGAACGCACAAUCAAAUCCGACAACUAAUUGACCAUAUAUAGAAAUAACCGGAUUCAGUUAGUCUUUUUUAUUUUUAUUUUUAUUUUUGAUAAUAAUGUUAUCAUUAAGAUUAGUUUUAGCGUUCCAUUUUUUAUGUGUUUUUGGAGAUUGUACUUUUCCAAUGUACAACUUUCGAUGCUUGUCUGUGUUUCGACUACGGCGUCGA